GUUGUGCCUUCUUGAUAUUGACUAGUGAAACAGAUUUAAAAACAAAAUUCCUACGAUCCUGGAUUUACGUAUUAAACCUCACGACGUAUUAAACCAAAAGAAACACGUAAAUGUUUGUCUAAAAUCUCUAUAUAUUUUUUAAAAGAAGAGCCAAACAGAUAGAUAAAAAAAUUCAAGGAUUCUUUUAAAUUGUCGCCUCUAGUUGGGACGGAGCUAUUGAAACACUAAUGCGACAUCUAGCUUUAGGUUAGACCUCCUUUUCAACUGAGGGCUGACUAGAGUGCUGGGCACUUUUGAACGUCUCUUCCUUUACCUUUCAUCCUUGGAAAUCGGUCGGAUUGAUUUUCUCCUCCUAGGAUACGGAAUUUAUUUGAAAAUUGAAAAUGGCAGAUACAACACUCUACGAGAUCCUAGGCGUUUCUCCCAGCGCUUCCAACAAUGACAUUAAAAAGGCAUAUAGAAGAUUAGCCAAAGAGUAUCACCCAGACAAGAACCCUGAAGCUGGCGAUAAAUUCAAGGAGAUAUCUUUUGCAUAUGAGAUCCUUUCAGAUGAAAAAAAACGAGAAACCUACGACCGGUUUGGUCUUGAAGCAUUGCAGAAUGGAACACAUGAAGGCUUUAUGAACCAGGACUCUCUGUUUUCAACUUUCAUCAGUGGACUCUUUGCACAAAAACGAGGCCCAAGGAAAUGUGAAGAUACUGUUCACCCUCUAAGAGUAACUUUGGAAGAUUUAUACAAUGGAAGAGUUGCAAAAUUGCAAGUGAAACGUAGCAAAACAUGCGGCUCUUGUGAUGGGAAAGGGACCACAAAGGCGGGAUCUAUAAAACCUUGCAGCAGUUGCCAAGGAAAAGGAUUUAAGGUCUCUUAUCAUCCAUUGGCUGGCAGUAGAAUGGCCAAAGAGAUCAGGACAAUGUGUAGUAAUUGUGAUGGUGAAAGAACUGUCAUUAGCGAUAAGGACAAAUGCACAGCCUGCAAUGGAAAGCGACUUGUCAACACGGCAAAAAUCAUCGAAGUACAUGUCGAGAAAGGAAUGAAGAACGGUGACAAGAUAACAUUUGAAGGCCAAGGCGACCAGACACCUGGAAACAUAGCCGGAGACGUCAUAAUUAUUCUUCAAGAGCAGCCCCAUAAAAGUAUGAAAAGGAUUCAUAAUGAUUUAUUUAUUAAUCAUGACAUCGGCAUCACUGAAGCACUCUGCGGUUUCACAUUUUGUAUUAAACACUUAGAUGGCCGGGAUCUUGUUUUAACAAGUAAACCUGGCGAAAUUGUUAACCCAGAAAGCAUAAAAGGUAUUGUCGGAGAAGGAAUGCCGAUACACGGAGUUCCGUACGAAAAUGGGAACUUGUAUAUUGUGUUUAAAAUUAAUUUCCCUCCGAGCCAUUUUGGAACAGAAGAAGAUUAUGCAAAAAUCUCCUCUAUACUUCCAAGACCGGCAUCACCUGAAGCAGUUCCUAAAGAUUAUGAAGAUGUUUGUCUUGUAGAUUAUAUCGAGGACCAUAAGUCUUCAAGGCGGGCUUCUGGUUCUGGAGAGGUGUACGAUGAAGACGAUUCAUCACCACAAAUGGGAUUUUCACGUGGCAGUGGUAUAGCAUGUCCUUCACAGUAAGUCUUAUGGUUCAAUCAUCGAACCUAUAGAUAGGAUGAGUUUUAAUUAUUUGAAUGGAUAGAUUUGAUAUAGACGAAAGGACAGCUUUAUACUUGUGUUUUCAACAUUGUAUCAAAUUAUUUUUAACAAAAUUAUUUUGCCAAAUAUUACAAUUUAAAAAAAUAUAAUGAUUUCAAAUCAAUGGUAUUAUUAAUUAUGUUUGGGAUAACAUCAAUGUAGUCCAGCAGUAUAUUGGCAAUUUAACCACUUACGUAAUUAACACUGAAAUGACACUCAAGAAAAAAUUAUUUUGGCAAAUAUUACAAUUUUUUAAAAAUUAAUUUAAUAAAAAUAUUAUAGUGAUUUCAAAUCAGUAGUAUUAUUAAUUAUAUUUGGGAUAACAUCAAUGUAGUCCAGCAGUAUAUUGGCAAUUUAACCACUUAUGUAAUUAAAACUGAAAUGACACUCAAGAAAAUAAAUUAGGUUUUGUUCACAAAAUGACUCAAAAUCCCCUAAGAAAAAAAAGAAAUAAACUAGGCAGGCCUGAUUAGGAAAAA